AUGCGGCUGCUUGUGGUGGGCGGAAACGGCUUUCUAGGUGAGCAGCAUCCGUUGAGCUUUCCGAUGGCCUCAAAGGCUGAGUACGAUACGCUCGGCCAGGCUCCUCCAUCUGCAAGGCAGCACUUGCGAAGGGCUGGGAAGUGAGCUCGAUUAGGUGAGUCAGGGUUUGGCACACGAUAUGCGGGACCUUGAAUUGCUGGCGCUGACCAUUCCUCGCAACCUGGUCCAAACAGCUCUUCGGGCACGCCCUUCGUGGCUCCUUCGGGGCGCAUACCCGCCUGGGCAAAGUCUCCGCAGAUGAAGUGGCAUGCCGCCAAUGCGGCGGCUCCCGAAACAUGGCAAGAGAUAGCUGCCAGCAGUGAUGCGUGCGUGCAUUCCGUGGGAAGGCUGCUCGAGGGCGAGUACAAGACGCCCAAAGACGCAGCGGCGGAGCUUGUCAGAGCUUGGUCCGGUGGAAGCGCGGGCGGCUCAAACCCAUUGAAGAGGAGCAAGUAUGAUGCUAUCAAUCGCGAUCUCGGUGAGUCUCACGCAUAAACCUUGCCCCUCCUUGUCCGCGACUGAUGUUCAAUUCGUCCACUUCAUCCCUUUCAGCCGUCACCGUUGCGAACACUUUUGCAUCCACAAGGAGAAGAGGAACGAACGAAUCACCAGCGCCCUUUCUCUUCAUCUCGGCAGCUGAUCACUUCCGUCCGAUCAUUCCGGAGGGGUACAUCAGGUCGAAACGAGAAGCAGAGGCUGCGAUUGCCCAGCUGGCUGGCUUGCGAUCGAUCUUCAUGAGGCCAGGUGAGAACACUGAGCAUCGCCACCUUCACGGCCAGUCGGAAUUGAUCCGCAAUCUUCACCAUCCCGCAGGGCUAAUGUAUCAUCCAGCAAACCGACCGCUGUCCACGCUUCCUGCGGCACUGCUAGACUUGUCGGCAGCAGUGCACGGCAAAGCGCACACACUCGGCACGUGGGUGCCCACCCCAUCUCGAAUUCUCUCUUUCCUCUCCUCUCCUCGCUCUCCAUUAUCCAUCUUCACCCCGCCCUCCCCUCACGAAAAGCCGAGCGCAACAUCGAGCUCCCGUACCGGUCCGGACUUCACCGCUUUGGCGAGAGGUCUUACCACUCCUCCGUUGCACGUGGACACGGUCGCCAAAGCUGUCGUCAGAGCUUUAGAGGAACCAGAAGUGGAAGGCCCACUCGAGCCAGCCGAUAUGAAACGUCUGCUCGGCUGGAGAGAUGUGAGCGCCGAACCAGAAGAAAGCUUGAGGGAAAGGCCGAGCUUCUAG